AUGGAUUCAAAGACCAACAGUUAUAAUGUGACAUUUAAAUUUAGUGAACCUUUAUUAAAUAAUCAAAGUGAUGUGCUAUCUAACUCCACCGAUCUUUUGGAGGCUUUCAAAUUAAAAGAACAUGAACAAUACUUGGAAUACAAACCUAUAGCGUGUGCACUAGGUGUUCUUAUUUUCAUAAGCAAUAUAACAGUUGUUGUGUCCAGUGGUUUGAUUCUUAAAAAAGGUCAGCAAACAAAGAGCACUUAUUUAUUACUUGGAAAUGUUUCGCUUGCUGAUACCAUCAUCGGAAUAUCGAUGAUCAUUGGGGUAGUUGUUGAGAAUCCUAUUAACUCAAGUCCAUUAUGCAUUAUACAAAUAGGUAUGCUUGUGUGCCCAGCCAUGGUUUCAAUAUUCAGUGUUGCUUUAAUUGCUGUAGAUCGUUACAUCUACAUCUUACAUGGGCUGUAUUACCAACGUUGGGUUAACACUACGAAAGUUCGCAUCUGUAUUAUAUUCAUAUGGAUAAUUGGAAUUACUUUGGGAUUUUUGCCAAUAACUGGCUGGGUUAAUCAAGAAUUAAAUUCAAAAUGUUACUAUGUAGCCCUUUUUCCAAAGCAACUAAUUUUACUGAAUUCAAUUUUAAGUAUUGUGCCUAUCAUUGUCGUCGCUGUUCUAUACACUAUUAUUUUAAUUCGUGCAUUAAGAAAAGUGAAAGAAAUUAAUGCAUCCGUUAAACCGUCGAGAUCAAAUUCAAAACCUGUUUUACGAAUAUAUAGGGGAAAUGGACAUAAGAAUCAAAAUACGCAAUCUGUUAAACGACCACGGACUAAAACUCAAGAAAUAAAAAGAAGUUCAUCAUUUCAUGCAAGAAAUAGCGCAGAAACUGAAAAACAAAGAGUUUUCAAUUUGAGGACCAAAUCGAAAAGUAACGAUGAACUUAAUAUUGAAAACAAAGUGUCUAUUACAAAAAAUGAAAUUAUUAUAUAUAAUCCAAAUAAAUAUGAUUCCGGGAAUAGCUUAUGUUCAACUGAUAUAAGUGUCAUUGAGGAGAGUAGCUUUACAAUUAAUCAAGAGUUCGAUAACAAAGUAGAUAAAAAUGAUAAGAAAAUAAAAAAUGCAUCCAAACCUAAAAUAAAAGACGCUACAAAAUGGAGAGCAAUUAUCAUUGUUAUGCUUACUACCGGAAGCUUUGUAUUUACAUGGAUGCCGUUUUUUAUUACGGUUAUAUUUUAUGCAUUAUGUGAAGAUAAACUAAUAAAUCAAAAUUGUUACAACCUCCGAAUAAUGCUAGGAGGUCCGAUUGCAGCGUUGGCAUUUUUAAAUAGUGUACUCAAUCCACUGAUCUAUGUUUGGUGGCAUAAAGGAUUUCAAAGAAAUGUUAAAUUAUACUUGAAUCGAUAUGUGUACAUAUUUUGUCAGAAAAGUAAAUAAUUCCAUAUUAGUAAAAUAGCUUAAGAUGUAGGCUCUCUAAUCACUACAGGAAUAUU